GCCCAACAGAUACCUGGAGCCUCUGGAGGUAGCUGCUGCCGGGUCGGUCCACGGGGGCCAGGGCUAAGUACCUUCACAGAGUUCUUCCCCAUCCUCCUGCUCCAUCAACUGUACGCCUUCAGCUCUUCUUCUGUUUUGGAGUGUUUUCUAUUAUGGCGUUGGCAGAGAAGACAGAAGAAUGUCCUUUUGCAGAUAUCUUUAAUGAAGAUGAAGCUGAGAGAAACUAUUUGUUGUCCAAACCUACUUGCUUUAUUAUAUUUGGAAAACCAGGGUCUGGGAAGACAACAUUAGCCCGUAAUAUAGCACAAGCUUGGAAAUGUAUUCGUGUUGAAGCUUUAUCGGUUUUGGAGGAACACAUUGCCACCGAGACUGAAAUGGGAACUAUGCUCCAGUCGCUGCUGAUGAGCGGUCACAGCAUCCCGGACGAGCUCGUCACGAGGCUGAUCCUGGAGAAGCUCAAGUCUCCGGAAGUCUCUCACUUUGGUAUGUGCCUGUGUGCGUGUUGUGGCGACUAUGACUUAUGUCAGAGAGUCUCUGGGCAGAGGCAGCACAGUUCCACAGGGUACAUAUACAACAGAGACCAGUGGGACCCUGAAAUCAUCGAGAGCCGCAGGAGACAGAAGAAGGAACCUCCCAAAGACGGAAAAGCUGAAGAGGAAGAAGAGGAAGAAGAACAAGAAGAGGAGGAGGCAUUUAUGGCUGAAAUGCAGGUGGUGGCCGAAAUUCAUCAGUACCUGGUUCAGAGACCUGAGGAUUUCCUGGAGAACAUUGAAAAUACUGUGAAACUAUAUAAGGACAUCCUUCUUAGUGCUUUAGAAGAGCUAAUGGCUGAGCACAAUCCCCAGUAUCUCAUUGAGCUGGAUGGGAAUAAGUCCCCCGAGGAGCACUUCACGACAGUCAUAGAACGGCUGAAAUACCUGAAUCUUAGAAGAGCCGCCGUUAUCACCAAGCUGCAGAGUACAGAAGAAGAAAUGAAUGACAUAGUAGACACGGAAGAUCUGUUCCGUACACUCUCAUCUUACAAACUCAUCGCGCCACGGUACAGAUGGUGCCGCAGCAAGUGGGGGCGUUCUUGUCCCAUGGCCUUGAAGGAUGGGAACAUUUAUUCGGGAUCAGCCGAUUAUUCUGUGAGUUUUCUAGGGAAAAUGUACUGCCUUUCUUCUGAAGAAACACUAAGAUCAUUUUCGCUGAACCCCCGUCCCUGCCUUCUACCACCUAUGCCCAUCCCGCCAUGUAAAAUCUUUGUAUUUGGGCCUGUCAGCUCAGGGAAAACAACGCUGUGCAACCUGAUUGCAGAAUACUUCAAAGGCAAGGUAGUUGACUACGCUAAGCUUGUUCAGCCACGUUUUGAUGACGCCCGUGAAAAGCUGAUUAAGGACACCGUAAUGGAGGCCACCGCCACGGCUAUCAAAGCUGUGAGAGAGAAGCUGCUUAUGGAACAGCAAGCUAGGAAGCAAGAGGAGAGGAACUUGAGGGAACUGCAAAUUCAGUAUGCAAAAAAGGAAUACGAAGACUUCAUGGAUGACAAGAUGUUUAGAAGCUCUGAAGACUUGCAGUCUUUGGUGGGUGAUGAAGCAACUGCUCACGGCUCCCAGAAACUCAGCUCCUUAGACAGUGCCGAUGAAGACAAAACUAGGUCCGAGAACGCCCUUGCUGCAGACAUGGAUAAAGAUGUGUCCACAGAAGAGUCCAUAGAAGAAGUGAAUGAGAACCACCCUGAGGUGCUUUCCCUCAUAGAGGACACUCUGAAACAGGCCAAGGAACUGAACUUUGAGCAGCCGUAUGAGAAACAGGCUGAGCUGCUAGAGGAAAUCAUCAAAGAGGUAACAGAAGACAACAAGAACAGGUUUCCUGGUGCCCAAAAAUAUGGAGGAUGGAUUGUGGACAACUGCCCUGUUAUAAGAGAUCUGUGGAUGGCCUUCAUUGAAAAAGGAAUUGUACCUGAUUUGGUUAUCUCUUUUACAGAUGCAGAUAACAAUGGAAAAUGUUUUUUAAAUAGAAUGUAUUUAAAGCAUAAGCCAGAGAUUGAUGCUAAGAUUUUAGAGAGAUUACAAGAUGAACUGCAAAUCAAGAAAAAGGAAGAGGAGGAAAUACGAAAAGCCAAAGAAGAGGAAAUGAGACUAGAAGAAGAAAAGCAGAGGCUGAUAGAAAGUGUGGCCAAGAAAGGAAAAGAUGUUGAAGAGCCUGAUAAUGAAGCCGAGGAGGAGGUUGAGGGAGAAGAUUCUGAAGCCCAUGAAGAGCCUGAGGCUCCUGAGAUGCAAGAGGAAACCCGAGGGUCGCUGAUACCUGAGGAGUCUGAAGCUGAGGUCCCGGAAGCUGAGCAUGAGCCUGAACCAGUCCCUGAGCCUCCUGAGGAAACUGCUGUUGAAGCCGAAAUUCCAAAGGAACCCAAAGAGGUCAUGGAACCUGAAGAAGCAACUGAAGCAGUUAUGCUGCCGGAGUUCCCAGAGGACGCUUACCCCAGUGUUCCUGAGAUGGAGCCACUGAAGGAAGAGCUGAAUAAUUACCUCCUCAUGUGGAAACAUACGGAGCAGAUCAUUACCGACAAUCUGAUUCAAAUAUUAACAUUGGAUAUUUCCAACAAAACACCAAAGGAACUGCUUCAAAAAGUAGUUGAGACAAUGGAAAAGCCUUUUCAGUAUACUGCAUGGGAACUGAAUGCUGAGGAUUACGAUGAAGAAGCAGAAGACUACCAGGCAGAGACCGAAGUCGACGAGGAGCAGGAGGAAGAGGAGGAGGAAGAAGAGGAGCCUGGCAACACAGACGAGGCUGUUAAGUACCGAGAAAAGAUAUACUACUUUUCAACUGCUGAGGCCAAGGAAAAGUUCCUGGAGCAUCCUGAGGAGUAUGUGGCCCAGAACGAGCCAUUAAAGGCUCCUCCCAUCAGGCUCUGUCUUCUGGGUCCCCGUGGCUCCGGCAGAACUCAUUGCGCCAGAAUAUUGGCAGAAAACUUCGGCGUUUUUCACAUUCAGUUUGAUGAAUUUCUCCAAGAAAAAAUGCUGCUCAAGGCUGAAAGGAAAUUCGGGCCCGAGUUUGAGGACGAUUCCGAGGAGGAGCAAGCCACAAAGCAAGAACUGGAAGAGCUUGCCGUUCAGGCGAACGUGAAAAUUGAAGAAGAAAGCACAAAGAAGCAGCUUCCAGAUGUGCAGUUAGCAGAAGAGGAGGAGGCAAUCAAGCUGAGUCUGACAGAGAAUGAGCCCCUGACGUCGGAAGUUCUGGACCCCAUGCUUUCCGAGUGGUGGCUUAAAGAACCGAUGCGCUCCACCGGCUUCAUCCUGGACGGUUUCCCGCGGUACCCGGAGGAGGCCCAGUUUCUAGGAGAGCGUGGCUUUUUCCCAGAUGCCACUGUUGUAAUACAAGUAGAAGAUCAAGACAUCUUUGACAGGCUCCUUCCGGCACAAGUUCAGAAGUGGAAAGCGAAACAGCGCAAGAAAUCAGAACGGAAAAAACUCAUCAAAGACUUGAAGACAAAAAUCAGGGACGAUAUGGUUGCUAAGAGAAGAGCUGAACUUAUCUCAGAGAGGGACAGAAAGAGGAGAGGGGACAGCGCUUUCCGAGAUGAUGACGAUUUCAGUGACGAUGAGCCUGAUGAAGAGGAGGAUAUCGAAAACAUCCUGGAAGAAGAGUUCCCGAAAGACGAGGAGGAGAUGAGUGAGGAGGAUGAGGAGCAGGAAGGAGAAGCUGUGGAGCGCCUGCGAAGCGAGAUGGGAGAAAAGUUUGAAACCGAAAUGAAUAAUCUGCAAAUGAUACAGGAAGAAUUUGAGAAGGUUCUGGUACCAAUAAUUACAGUUAAUGGAGCUAGGAAACUUAACAUUGUGCAAUAUGUAUUGAACUCGAAAUUGAAGCCGCUCGUGGAAAACCGUGCAAGCAUUUUUGAGAAGUGUUAUCCAGUGUCCCCACACCUUGCUCAUAAAAUGCUGACCUUCACCUACAAAUACAUAAGCUCAUUUGGCUACUGGGACCCUGUAAAGCUAAGUGAAGGAGAGACAAUCAAGCCUGUUGAGAAUGCAGAGAACCCUCUUAACCCUGUCAUCCACCGUCAGUAUAUUUAUUUUUUAUCUAGUAAACAAACCAAAGAAAAAUUUAUGAUGAACCCAAUCAAAUACAUCCGGCAACCCAAACCCAAAGCUUCUAUGCCUGUCAGAAUUAUGAUUGUGGGGCCUCCCAAGUCAGGGAAAACCACAGCGUUGACUUAUGGAAGUGGGUGCUCUGAGGUAAUGCACAUCAUUGUAUCUUCCUGA